AUGCUAGGGACAGGCGCGUCGGACGAGGCUGCCGUGGGCGAGCUGGCGCAGCGCGUCCAGCAGCACGGCCCCGUCGUGCGGGCUCCAGGGUUCCCCGGAGGCCCCGUGCCCGGGUCGCCGACCCGUGCCAGUCCAGUUGGUCCGUCGCGCCUGGGGGCUCCUGCACUGCGCUUCCCCAAGCGGGCUCCGGGCCAGGCCGGCGGCCAUGGGGGCCUGAUCUGCAGCUUUCUGAUGUGCAUGGUCACUCGCGAAGCUCAGGCAGCACCGCUGGAGCCCGGUGUUGAUCUGCGAGUGCCAGGGGCCUGCAGCAGAUCUGCCAGCGAGCGCAUCAGUGCAGAUGUGCCCUCAGCACGUUCCACUCACUCAAUGGACUUGGCCUUCUUCGACGAUGCCAUGUUCAUGUUUUUUAGGCAAGCUGGAUGCGCGGCUGGGGAUCGCGCCGUUGGCCUCGCAGUCGACGCCUUCGGCUCCGGGGGCAUCAGGCUGCGCGCUGCCAGUUGCAAAAUUGCCGUGCUGUUCCAGUUCGGGGGG